UCUAUCAUUAUUAAUUAGUACUAGCUAGCUAGUAGUACUAACUAGCACUAGUAAUGGGAGAUAACAAUGUUAACCUACCACCUGGUUUUCGGUUUUAUCCCACAGAUGAAGAGCUUGUAGUUCAUUUUCUUCAUCGUAAGGCAACUCUCUUACCAUGCCACCCGGACAUUAUUCCCGAUCUUGAUCUUUAUCCUCAUGAUCCAUGGGAACUUAAUGGCAAAGCUUUGGUUGAAGGUAACAAGUGGUACUUCUAUAGUAGGAGGACACAAAAUAGUAAUAGGAUUACGAGUAAUGGUUAUUGGAAGCCGAUGGGCAUUGAGGAACCGGUGAUGAAUAGCAAUGGCAAGAAGGUUGGAAUCAAGAAACAUCUCGUCUUUUACGUCGGGGAAGCUCCGUCCAGCGUCAAGACUAAUUGGAUAAUGCAUGAAUAUCGUCUCUCAGAUACUGGUUCCUCUAGUAGAUCAUCCAAAAGAAGUGGGCAUCCAAAAAUGGACUAUAGUAAAUGGGUAAUAUGCCGAGUUUACGAGCGAGAUGAAGAUGAUGAUGGGACACAGCUCUCAUUCUUGGACGAAGUUUACUUAUCAUUGGAUGAUCUUGAUGAGAUUAGUUUGCCAAAUUAAGAUCCCAUAACUUUGAUGCAAGUGGUCUGUUAUAAAGCUUAAUUUGUCCAAAUGUACAAUUCUUCAUAUUGCUAAUUGGUAAAAUGAUGUAGCUAAAAUUGCUAAAUACCAUUUGCACUACCAUU